CCUCACAUGAAAUAUGGUGACAAUUGUGAAGAAGACUGUCCGUGCAAUACCUAUAAUACAGAAUUCUGCGAUAUGGAGACUGGAGAAUGUGUUUGUAAGCCAGGGUAUACCGGGUUCUCCUGCAACUGCCAAGUUGGUCUUCAUACCUGCAACUUGAACGUUUCGGAUUGCUAUGAGGAAUCGAAUAAAGUAUCAUGCAUUUGCAAAAAAAAAUUUACGCAGUCGGAGCACAAUUGCACAGACAAUGUGCGCCUAAGUCAGGAAAAUUAUGUGCAAGUCUUCAAAGGUGAUGGAUGGUCUGAUAUCUGUAAUAACAACCUGAAGUCUAACGCUUUAGUUAUCUGCCGACAUCUUAACCUUAGCACGGAAGUUGUAUAUUCAACUUCAAAGUUCAGGAGAUAUGACUAUACCAAGACGUCGGUCAGUUGUAGAGGAACAGAGAACAUGCUGUCGGAAUGUCCUUCUAGAACGAGCUUCUCUUGCAACUACUCUCCAGUCGUCCAGUGUGGCG